AUGCCAUCAAUCAAGCAGCUACUCCUCCCUACAACCCUCCUCCUCGCCACCGCGACAGCAUCCACCUGCCCAAAGAACUGGCUAGAAAACACCCCGACCAAUGGAUCCUCCAAAUGCUGCUACGGCAACAUGGUGAUCGAUGACACCACCGCCUACUGCUGCGUGUACGACCUGACUCCGAAGGCCACCAGCGACUCGACGACAACCGAUGACUACGAUAGCUGGUCCACGGCUGGCGAUUGUUUCGCCAAAAUCCCCUUCACCGCAAGCGACUACUCACAGCAGGUGUCUUCGGCGUCGGAGGUCUUGGCUACCAGCACUAUCAUGACGAAUGAGGCGACGACCACGGCAAGUUCGACUUCGACUUCAGGUUCGAGCUCAACUUCAUCGAGCUCGACUUCAAAGACGAGCUCCAGUGCAAACUCGGCGUCUACUGCCUCCGCUACCAAUGCCGCUAUGCCGAUGGCUACAGGUCAGGAGAUGAUGCUUGGCGCUGCUGUUGUUGUCGGGAUGUUCGUGCUUUGA